CUUUCUCAGUUGCCGCGAAAUAAUAGCGGGAAUAUGACGUGGCAGAGGUCCUCAGCUGAACAUUCCCGCCAAAACCCUAGAUGGAUGGCGGGAAUACUACCCAUACAUUUUCUUGCUUAACAUCUUCCGCCUCCAAGACUCGCACCGAUUCUGAUUUCAGACAACUUCAUAAUCUAAACAUGAAGUCCUCAGAAGAUUUGUCAUUCCGUUCCUUCAAAUCGAAGAAGAUUCUCCGUUCAUCUUCUUCGAAGAUUUCUACUGCAGAUGCAGAUCCAGAUCCGCCGUCCGUUGUUUUGGAUCAGGUUCCUUGGACUUCCAAGACGCCGGAGAAAUCGACGAUUCCUGCUCGUCGCACGCGUAAUCACCAUACUAUUUUUUCAGUGAAAGAGGUGAGAGAAGCAGCUGAGAAGCUCCGGAAGUCGCGUCAGCGAUCCUGCAUUGAGCCCCAUCAAAUCGUUUCCGACGGGUUGAAGACCGAAAGAUCCUCUGGUGUUACGUCGCCUAGACGAGUGAAGAAGUCCGACAACUCGCCUAAUUUGCCAGAGAGGUAUGCAAUGUUGGGUGAGUUUUUUGAUAGAUUGGUUAGCUCCAUUCUGCUUCUGAGGGGUUCCAAUCCAACCUUUUCUAAUAUUAAACCCAAAAUUGAGUCAUUCACUAAUAGGAGGUUCACCUAUAGUCAUUUGGCACAAUUGAAGUUUAUUUUACCAGAGGCCAUAGAGAUGAAGAAGACUGUUACCCGGGAUGAACUAACUUUCUGUAUGAAGCCAGAUAUUCAUAUAACUUUGAACACUGUAGCAAUUAUGAAACCAAAUCAGCUGUCAUCAGAGUCUGGGCAUAUGUAUCUAAAGAAGAUGUUUCGUAGUAGGCUAUUGGACUACUUUAAGACCCACCCGGAGGGUGAUGUUCCUGAAGAAACACUACCGGAGCCAUUCAACAAGUCAAAGAAAGCUUGUGUUAGUGAAGAAGCUAACUCACCCUUUGGCCUUGAAAGAUCAACUGUUUUACCUGCAAUUCAGCAGCCAGUACCAGUAUCUCAUCUAUCCAAAUCCUUCAGGGGAUUUUUUUCAGCAAAGGCCUCAGGAACUGAAUCACUUAACUCCCCUCCCGUCCCUGUAGAAAAUGUUCUCCCUAAAAUGAUUUCAAAUACAUUUGUGGAACCAGAAUGUGCAGCAGCUUCUUCAUCUACCCCAUUAAAAGAAAAGGAUCUUUCUAAAGGUGAUGUCUUUACUCCUGGUAAAUUCAUAUUCACUCCAUCAAGUGCCACACCUGAAAUGAAGAUUCCAAAGAGGGGUUUUAUGACCCCUGAUAAUGAACCGAGCAAAUUAGUCAGGCGCCCAUCACGUAACAGGUCGUUGAUAUUUGACACUCCUGUGAAAAGUCACAAGAAUGUGGAGCAGUCAGUGAUAUUUGACACUCCUGUAAAAAGUCACAAGAGUGUGGAUCUAUCAUCAAUCGACAGUGAGCUACUUGACAUACUUCCUGACAGUGUUCUGCAAUCGAUUAGAGAAAAGGAAUUGAAAGCAAUUGAAGAGCGAGAUCCAGCCAUAUCACAGGCAAAGUGGCGAAGACAGAUGAUAUCGCGGUUGCCUAAAGCGUUUGACAUGAUUGUUUUCUUGUACCAGUCAAUCCAACGAUCCGUGUUCACAAAAAAGGAUCUCAUUCACAAGAUCAUUUCUAGCAACUUGGACAUUGUCGACCGAAGAGAAGUUGAAGAGCAGGUCAAAUUGUUGCAAGAGAUAGCUCCCGAGUGGAUCUAUGAGAAGUUAGCAUCAACAGGAGAUCUUCUCAUCUGCAUCAAUAAAAUAUCAAACCCAGAAUCAAUCAGAGCAAGGUUGGCUGAAGUGAAGUGAAAGGACCACAAGAUGUUCCAAGUUUUCAUAUUUAUGCAAUCAAAAACAAUUUAAUGUAGUCAUUUUCAUGUGGAUAAUGAAAAUUUAGCAGUUGUAAAUCGGCUUGUUUGUAAGUUAGCACUGACUUAUAAUCCCUCA